AUGGCUAUCAAAUUGGCCAAACAGUUGGGCAUAAAACAUCGUUACAAUGAGGAAUCGAGGUUAGCUGGAUUUCCAUGGCUACAGUUAUUCCCGCAGAGAAACCCAAGGCUUUCAGUGAGAGAAUCAGAAGGAGUUGAGGCAUAUUUUCAGCUGCUAGCAACGGGAAUUGUGCCAUUCAACCCUUCUGCUAUCCCAGAUGACGAUUAUGUGUCUGAAAAUUAUAACAUACCAGAGGUCUCUGAUGCAGUUGAGAAUAUACGAGAUCCUUAUGGCAAUUCUCGUAGUCUUGACAAAGCUUCAGCUUAUGAAAAUCAAAAACCUUCCUUUAGUUGGCAGACUGUAGGUGGAACUGUACCUGGAGAACAAAAUGAACCGCAUGCAGAAACUAAUGCAAAUACUCCUGAUGACAAUCAACUACCUUGUUGCAGUUGGCAGACUGUAGGUGAAUCUAUACCAGAAGAAAGCAAUGAACCGCCUGCAGAAACUGAUGCAAAUACUCCUGUGAAAUGUACCCCUGAAAAAAUACUGAAUAUAAUCUCACCGGUUGUUUCUGCUGCCAUAAAUUCGGUUCGAACCAGGAGCAAGCAGCUGGCCGAAAUAAUUUUAACCAUACAGGCAAAAAUUGACGAAAAAAGAAAGAAGGGACUAAGAAAACACAUAAAGAAAAAAAGACCACAAAGAGAAGAGCAACAAAUACUGCGGAAAUACCUGAGUCAAGAACAUGAAAAGAAUAAUAGAUGCUACAUAAAUGGCAACAAAAAAGUAGUGACCAAAGCUGAGAACAGGGCAAAUAGUGUACCAUCAACUCCUACCCAACAAAGAUCAGUACAAUUGCGAGAGAAAUCGAGUAAGAAUCAAUAUGAAGUACCAACGGAGCAAAUCGUCCAGCCGAGAAAACUGAAUAAACCAGAGGUGACCUACCGAACAGAGGAAACUCCAAAAUUCGAUGAAGUGGCACCAACAGUGAGCGGAGUCAAAAAGAAACAAACGUCCAAAUGA